AUGUUCCUCGAUGGAUUUAUUCGCACGGAGAAUAUGCGAUUCCGUACCCUGCAAUGUCGAAGAAUCUGGGUGGAUUCAAAGUUGAAUGUGGAGCCAGGUGAUUUCUCUGAUUCGGAGAUUAUCGUCAUGUUGGGUGAGAACGGAACCGGUAAGACUACAAUGAUUAGGUUGCUGGCUGGUUCACUGAAACCAGAUGAAGAGGUCGAAAUGCCAAAUAUGACAAUUUCUUAUAAGCCUCAGAAAAUUAGUCCUAAAUAUGAAAACUAUGUUCGACAUAUGCUUCAUGAAAAGAUUCCUAAUAUGUACAUGCAUCCUCAGUUCAAGUCAGAUGUAAUGAAUCCUCUGAUGAUCGAUCAGCUUAUGGAUAGAGAGUGCAAACGCUUUCUGGUGUUCAUCAUGCAUGCUAAAAAGACGGCGUUCGUCGUCGAGCACGAUUUCAUUAUGGCCACUUACCUUGCUGAUCGAGUGAUUGUGUUUGACGGAGAGCCGUCUGUAGAGGCAACUGCAAGAAAGCCGCAGAAUCUCCAAGAAGGAAUGAAUCGUUUCUUGAAAAUGCUGGAAAUCACAUUCCGACGCGAUACGGAAUCGUAUCGGCCGAGAAUCAACAAAAAGGAUUCCAUUAAAGACAUCGAGCAGAAGAGGAGCGGACAGUUCUUCUUCUUGGAUGACGCUUAG